GCACUUGAGCAAUGCAAGUGGCAGAUCGCGGAAGGGAACGCGGGCAGAAGUAGGGAGAGCAGUUCUUUUCCCCCUUUCCUCUCCACUCUUCUGACCUGCCUGAGCUUUUACCGAUGUUCGGGGGGAUGUGUGGCGUCAGGAUCGACUCUCUGUGAGCUGCAAGCGGGAUCUCUGGCCAAACCGAGCGGAGGCCGGGAAGCGGCGAGAAACCCAGCCGCAGUUGGUUGUUGUCGUGCUGUGCUAUGGGAUGGACGAAGCAGAGCAAGAUAAAUAUGAGGCACGGUUGAAAGAGGUGUUUGAUAGCUUUGAUACCAUAGGCACUGGGUCACUGGGCCGAGAGGAGCUGACUGAUCUCUGUCAUAUGCUACAGUUACAAGAAGUGGCUCCAGUAUUGCUGCAGUCUGUUCUUCAGGGAAACCUCUCAGGCAGGGUACAUUUUGAACAGUUUAAAGAAGCAUUAAUUUUUACCUUGUCGACUACUAUUGAAGGGAAUUUCUCAGGAGAUGAUGGUUAUCAAACACUAGAUUCUACCGAGGUACAGCCAAAAUAUGUCAAAGAUGGGAAACGAUAUGGGCGGAGAACAGCACCAGAAUUUCAGGAUUCGGUGGAAGAGUUUAUGGAGGUCAGAGUGACAGAACCUUUAGCUGAUGAUACACAACUUGAAAAUGCUCCUUCUGGGCAUGAUAUUGAGAAAUGGAAAGCUUCCACAGAAGGUGAAGAAUAUGAAGCUGAAGGUCAGCUGAGAUUUUGGAACCCGGAUGACUUGAACACUUCCCAGUGCAUGUUUGAUGCUGACCCCAAGUACAUUGAAGAACGACUUCAAGCAGUUUCCGAAGAACUCGGAGUCACCAAAGACAGCUACUUGAGUAGCAAAGAGCUGAUCUCUAUUUGUGAUCAGUGUGGACUUCAGAAUGUAGAUGCAGAGAUUCUGGAUGACAUAUUUCAAAAACUAGAUCAAGAUGGAUUAAUGCGUCUUGAAGAUUUCAUUUAUGCCAUCUUUAAAAAAUCAACUCCUUCAUCUGCUUCCACUCCUUACAGACAACUAAAGAGGCAUCACUCUCAGCAGCCAUUUGAUGAAAGCGGCCGGCGCACUGCUACCCCAUCUGCUAUGACUAGUACUAUUGGCCUUCGUCUAUUUUCAUGCUUGGACGAUGGGACAGGUUACACUUCAGCAGAUCAGAUCUUGGAUACCUGGCAAGAUGAAGGAAUUGAAAAUGGCCUUGAAAUUCUAAAGACCUUGGAUUUUGAUCUGUAUGGGAAGGUCAACCUGACAGAACUUACCCUGGCUUUGGAGAACGAGCUCGUGAUAACAAAGAAUGGAAUCCACCAAGCUGUUCUGGCCAGCUUCAAAAAUGAGAUUAGACAUUUAAAGGAACGUGUUGAUCAGGUUUUAAGAGAAAAAGAAAAACUUCGAAUGGACUUAGAAAAAGCGGAAAAACUGAAAAAUUUGAUGGCUUCUGAAGUGGAUGAUCGCCAUGCUGCUAUAGAACACCUCAAUGAAUGCAAUCUCCGCAAGCUAGAGCAAGAAUAUAGACAUCGUUUUGCUGCUUUGAAGGCAGAUCUAACCAAAGAAAAAGACCAGAUUUUCCACCAGGCCAGUAAACAAAGAACAGAACUUGAGAAAGAGAUUGAGAAAAUGAAAGUGGAAGAUGGAUACCUCAGGGAUCGACUUGCUCUGUCAUUGAAGGAAAACAGUCGAUUGGAAAAAGAACUUAUAGAAAAUUCAGAGAAGCUGUUUGAAUUUGAGAACCUAGCAAAGAAGUUACAAAAUAAUUUGGACACUAUAUUAAAAGAAAAGUUUGGAGACCUUGAUCCAACCAGUGCUGAAUUCUUCUUGCAUGAAGAAAAAUUUACCCGGAUGAGAAAGGAAUAUGAGCAGCAAUGUAGAGAGCUCCAGGACAGGAUUGAUGAACUGCAAUCUGAGUUACAAGCAUAUCAGACACAAGGGAGAAGUUUUAAACCAUUGAUGAGAAGUCCCUUGUCAGAGGAAAUGGAGACCAAGAGUGAUGUUGUCGACUGUGAUCAAGGUUUUGUUUCUGAAGAAUGUAAUCCAUUGAACAUGAGUCUGGAAGCAGAAAUGGUCAUAGAACAAAUUAAGGAGCAACACCAUCAGGCAAUUGAUGGUUUUAAAACUGAACUUGAUGCUAAGGUAAAUUAUUAUGAGGAGCAGAUCAAUGAAAUCAAAGCUAAAUAUGAAUUGGAGAAAGAAGAUAUUAACCAAGAACACAAUAAUAACAUUGCAAAAAUGAAUGAUGAGUUCAAUGAGCUCAGAAGCCAUAUUUCAGAACUUCAAGAAGCAAUAGAGACCCUUAAAAUACUACAACAUACAACAGAAUGUAAACACAAAGAAGAAAAGGAAGAAUUGCAGAAUAAGUUCAAUGUCGAUAAAACACAGCUAGAGGAGCAGUUGAAACAGGAACAUGAAGAAACACUCCAAAUCAAAUUGAAGGAAAUAAAUCACUGUCGCCAUAAUGAGAAAGAAGAAUUGUUAAAAAGGUUGACUGCUACUGAAGUGCAAUUGGAAGAUCAACGAAAAGAGCUGAAGGAAGUAUUCCUAAGAGAAAAAAGGGAGCUGGAGCAAAUUUAUCAAACACAAGUUUCUGAAGUUACAGAAAAUCUUGAGCAGGAGAAAGAAGAGUUGCAAAGGAAUCUCUUGCAUGCACAGCAAACUGAACUCCUACAGGAAAGGAAAAGCAUGGAAAACAAAUUUAACCACAAGAUUGCCAAGAUGGAAGCCCAGUUUGCCAAGGAACAUCAAACAAUCAUACUUAAAUUCAAAGCAGAAACAUCUGAACUUGAGGAAAAAUACCAACAUGAGCUUUUACAACUUGAAAAACAGCUUCAGGAAGAGAAAGGGCAGUGGGAAUUUGAAAAAGAGGAGCUUUUACAGGAAAGUGAAGAUGAGAAAGAAAAGUUGAAGGAAAUGUUGAAAGAGAAAAGCUUAUUUGCACAGAUGCUCAUGGAAGAGAGAGACAGAUUAGAAAAAUCUUGCGAAGAUGAACUAAAUAAAUUAGCUUCCGAACAUCAGCAGCUUCAAAAGGAACUGGAAGAGUUCAAAUUUGCUACCUCAAAGAAAGAGAGUAUUUUGACAGAUGAAAUUAUCAGCUUGAAGAAGGAAUUGAAUGUACAAUUACAAAAGGAAGAAGAACAAUUGGCCAAGGCUGGACAUAAGCAGGAACAGACCAGAAUAUUGAUUGAACAGGUGAAAGCAGAAUCUGAAAAGCAAUUAAAUAGACUGAAAUUGGAAAAUCUUCAACUGGAAGAAAAGCAUUCAAUGAUUUCUGUUCAGCUCCAGGCAGCAUAUGAAGGAUGUGACAAAGAAAAGGCAGAAUAUUUUUCUGAAAUCUCCAGACUCCAAGAGAAAAUAAAAAAUAUGGAAGAGGACAUGGUCUUCCUCGGUGAAAAGCAAAGGUUCAACAAUGAACUGGAGGGGAGAAGUAAUGAGAUGAAAAACAAAAUUGCCCACUUGCAGGAAAAACCACCACAGCUGGAAGUACAAACAUUGUUACUUCCAGACUCAAACAAUGAGGAUUUGAAAAAAGACUACAUGGAGAUGAGAACUGAAACAUUGGAGUUAGAAGAAAGUUCUCAACUAUUAAAAGGAAAAACUCUAGAUCAACCAAACCUGCAGAAAGCCAAUCAACUACUUGAAAGAGAAAAGACAGAAUUAAUGAAGGUGAACAUUGAACUUCAAGCAAAGAUUGAACAACUUCAGGGUAAAUUGAUGACUCUUACAAACUUGGAGAAAGUGUCUGUAUCAUCAGAAAAGGAAAUAAGAUCAGAAAACUCAAAUCUGAGCAAGCAGAUAAAGGAACUAGAGGAAGAAACACUAGACAUUUCAAAGUUACAGAAAACAAUUGAGUUGUUGAAAAAUGAAAUGGGUAAAAUGAAAUCGGAGAAGCUAAAAUGUCAAGAUAAAGUUGAACCAUUGCAAGAGAAAGUUGAAGUUCUCACAAAGCUGCUCGAAGAAUCUCAGAAAGAGCUGGCAGAAGUAAAAUUUCAAAAUGUGAGCUUGAAAGACAGCAUGAAGGAAUUUCAGGAAAAAGCUCUGGAGCUCUCAAAUUUACGAAAAGCUAUUGAACUGUUUAACAGUGAAAAAUUAGAAAUGAUACAGGAGAAAGUACAACUUCAAGAAAAAGUUAAACAGUUACAAGACAAAGUAGAGGUAUUUUCAGACUUAGAGAUUGCAUAUGAAGGCUCUGAGAAAGAAAUAGUAAAAGUAAGGGCUCAGAACACAAGUCUGCAAGAAAGGACCAAGCAAUUGGAAGAGAAGGUUGCGUCCAUUUCAGAACUUCACAAGAGAGGUGAUCAAACAGAAAAAGAGAAUGCUGAGUUAAAAGCAGUUGUCGCCAGAUUGCAGGAGCAAUUAAAUCAGCAACAAGCCAGAACAAACAGUGGUGAAUCUGAAGAACCCACUGAUGCAAAUGACAUCUUAAAAGAUCAAAAGGCCACGUUGAGGGAGAAAGAAGGGGUUUAUCAUGAGAAAAUCAUAGAAUUGAAUGAAGCACGAAAGGAAUUAAAGCAACAAGUGGAGAUUUUGCAGGAUGACAAAAUAACUGCUCAGAGAAUUAUAGAACUUCUAAACAACCAGAUGGCAGAGCUGAGAGCCCAGAACAAAAAGCUAGAUGCAGAGAAUGAAGAUCUUUGCCACAAAAACUCAAAGAACCAAGCUGAUGUACUGGAAUUGAAGCAGCGGUUGGCUGAACUAAUUCGCCAGAAGGAGAAAAGGGCUGGGAACCUAGAGAAAGAACGUGAACAAGAAAAGAUGCACAUAAUGCAAGAAAUUGAAAAUGGCCAUUUGUCCAGAUACAACAAAUUGGAGGAUGAAGUCACUGCUCUAAAGCGCAUAAAUGAAAACUUGACAAGGGAGAAAGAAGCAUUGAAUGAUGAAGUGAACCGGUGCGUUGGCAAGAUUACCAAAAUGAAUAUCAUGGAAAUGCAGGCAGAACAUUUGAGACAAGAAUGGCAGACAUCACUGCAAGAGGUCCAAAAGUUAUCAAGUCAGCUGAUGACAUCACAAGAAAAGAUACAGAGUUUGGAGGAAAGCUCACAAAGUAUCAACCUCCAGACAGCAAAAUUGAAAUCAGACUUCCGUGUAGCUCAACAGGAAAAUGAAGCAUUAAAGCAGGAAGUUAUGUCAUUGCACAAACAGCUACAGACCACCAAAGAUAAGAAUCAGAUGCUAGAGCUGACUUUGCACUCUGCAGAUUUUCAGCAUCAGCAGAAAAAGUUUUACCAGAAUGACCUGGCUCGGCUGGUGGAAGAGGAACAGAAAUUACUACGGCAGGAAAAUGAGAGGCUGCAGAAAGAAGGACAGCAAAUAAAAGGGGAGCUUCAGCAGGCCAGGGAGAAGAUCAAACAUUUGGAAUCUACAAUUUUGACACUCAAACAGCAAAAACACUACAGCAGGUCAGCCACGCUGAAAGCUGCUGAACAGGAGAAGCUCUGUCUCAAGAAGGAAUAUGAUCAGAUUCAGAAAGAUCUCAACAGGAGGAUUAAGUUAAUUGUCUCACUUGAACAUGAACUGAAAGUCCUCAAUGUGGAGAAUGAAAUGCUGCGAAAAAAGCAGUCCAACCUGGAGAGUCAAUUAAUGGAAACUGGUGACAAGUUGCUACAGUCAAAUUCAAGCCUGACAUUUAGCCAGUCACAGAAUCUUCGAGAACUACAACAAUUGCGAGAACAAAUCUGCACCAUGGUUCCAAAAGACCAAUUAGCUCAGCUUCAGCAAUGUUUAAGCCAUGAGGAAGUUCAACGUCAUCAACUGCAAGAGCAAUUAGACAAGAAAGUCAUGGAAAGCAAUACACAACAGGAGGCAUAUGAACGACUGCUAAAAAAGAUGGAAGAAAGGAUGCAAGAUGUUGAAAAUAAGUUAAGGAACAUGAAGUUACUUCUUCAGGACAAAGUCAUGCAACAGAAAGAACAACUGUCCAAGAAUGCUAAAGCAGAUGAAAAAGUCAAAGAUUUAUAUGUUGAAAAUGCUCAACUCCUCAAGGCCCUUGAAAUGUCUGAACAGAGACAGAAGACAACAGAGAAAAAAAACUACCUGCUUGAAGAAAACAUUGCAGGCCUUAAUAAAAUUCUCAAGGACCUAUCAGCAUCAUCAUUGUCUAUGGCCUCAACCCGUUAUUCAACCUAACACAUUCUAUUUAAAAGAUCAUAUGAUAUAUAGCAAAGAAUCACAACAUUUGAAACACUAAUGCACUUUAUCAGAUGAAUAUUUCUGUUACCAAGUGCUUAGUUUUUCCAGGACUUAUUUUGUGAAUUUUAGAAAGAAAUCAUAGAUAAAGGUGCUGGACAAGUAUUACAAAAUACUGCCCUAAACUGUUGGUUUCAAAAGAUUGGUGCACUUCACUACUCAUUAUUUAAUUUCCAAAAUAAAUUAUAUGUUCAAUAAUCAGAAAUGAAGUGCUACUUACUCUUUGGAGAGCAUGUCGAUUUUUUUAAGAAAAAUGUUUACGAAUAAAAUAUUUGGUUUGAUUAAGUUUUAAACAUCUCGGGCCAAAGAAUGCUAUAACUAGGAGUAAAAGCCAAUCAGAUGCAGUUGAUAUGCUGGCAUUCUGAAAAUAAAUGUAUCUGUAAAUAUGACCAACUCUGGCUUCUGUAUUAUCUAAUGUAUUACUGCUGAUAAUUUAAACAUAAUGAAAGAUUGUGGAUGUGUAACUUGUAUAGUUUGUAUGUUAGAAUGUAAAUGUGAAUCAAUGAAAAAGUCAUGUGUUCUUGAGAAAAUAAUGUAAAUACUGUUAUUUAAUGUUUUACUAUGCAGAACAAUCCAAUUGAGCCUGUGACAGUAUUCACAUUUCAAAUUCCUGGAAGAUCUGUUAACUUGCAGAAUUUCAAGAUGUGUCAUGCCUAAUAUUUAAUUUUGUACUAAAUAAACAUUAUUUGUGUUACAGAAGACAAAACCUCUUACGUUCAAACUAAUAUCAUACACGUUACUUGUAUAUGAUUUUUAUAAACUUUAAGUAUAAAGUUUCAACAAGGUAGCUCUGUCUGUUGAUAAAGAAUCCAGUACUUCUCAUGACUUGAUCUGGAUAAUUAAAAUCCCAGCUGUUUAAAGCAGUAGUUAUUCCCAUAAAAUGAAUACUGACUGCUAGUUUAUAGAAAAACAAUUUUUUUCAGUUGCAUUAAACCCAAACUUGAAGCUGCAUAAAACUCUGCUUUUUAAAUAGACUUUAUUAUAGGAAUAAUAUUUAUAGAAUAAAUACACAUAUAAAUCAUUAUGUGUAGCCCAUAUUUGAAAAUUUUAUAUCUAUUUGAAAUCAUAAAAGUGAAAGUCACAGUGAUGAAAAGAAGGUGAUUUUCCCUAUUUUCCUUUGCUAAUCAGUGUUAAACCCUCCAAAUUGAGAUGGGACAAUUUAGAACUUUAGACAUUCAACUUAAAUGACGAUGACACAAAGUUUUAAUUUUUUUGCAUCGUUCAACAGAGAUUUCACAGAUGUGAUAUGGAACUACAACAUUGAGUUAAGCUCAACACCUAGAUUUACCUUAAGCUCAAAAAUUCAUUGGGAUUGUGCCUUCUGGAUAAAAUGUUAGACUAUGGCUACAUAUUCAUAGCCAGAGUAUCUUUAGCACUAGGUUCUCUUACUAUUUUGACAACAUUGUAACAUUGAAAUGUGGCAUUGCUACUUUUAAUUCAGAUGCAAAAUUCAGGUUUUCAUCUAUAUUUAAACUUCUCAAUUGUCUCAUUUCUCAUUACUUCCAACCUCCCACAGCCCUAGAGCAAGCCAUUGUCCAAGGAGACCUUUCUUGUGCAUAAAUGAAUGUAUCUCUGAUUCACAUGACAUGAUGAAUGAUAUCCUGCAAGGGUCUGCGUUCAUGCCUCAAUUUUUAUAUCAAUUACUUAGGUGAAGAAAUGAAAGCAUGGUAGCUAAAUUCACAGGUGAUACCUGUACAAGUAGGAAUGUAUAUUGUGAAGGAGAUAUGACCAAGCUAUUGGUUGCAGACAGAUAUAGUUAGGUUGACUGGGCAAAAAUCAGGCAAAUGUCACAUGAUAUGGGAAAAUGUGAAGUUCAUUUUAGCAGGAGGAAUUAAAAGCGGAGUAUAAUUUAAAUGGAUAAUGACAGUGGAAUUCUGUGGUGCAGAGGAAUUUAGAUGUCCUAGUGCAUGAGUUACAAAAUGUUGAUAUGCAGCUACAGCCCAGAGGCAAGAAGACUUACGGGAUGUUAUCCUUCAUUACCAGGGGAAUUGAACAUAAAAGUAGGGGUGUUAUGUUUCUGUUAUACAGGUGUUAGGGAAGUCUUGUAUUCUGAACGUAGUUUUGGUCUCCUCGUUUGUAAAUGGAGUUUGUGCAGAGGAGUUUUACUACAUUGAUACAUAGAAUGAAUGGGUGGUCUUAUGAGGAUGGAUUGGACAAGCUGGGCUUGUUUAUACUGGAAUUUGGAAGAGUGAGGAGUGACCUGAUUGAAGUAAAUAGGAUUCUGAAUAAGGUGGAUAUGAAAAGGAAUUUCCUCUUGUCCAGAACUACAAGGUACUGGUUUAAAAUUAGGGAUCACCCUUUUAGGACAGAUUUUAUGAGAAUUUUGUUUUCUCUGUUGGUUGUGUGACUUUAGAAUUGUCUGCCUCAGGGGAGGCCAAGCCAUUAAAUAUUUUUAAGACAGAGGCAGAUAACUUCAUAUUAUUGCUGGGGAAUCAAAGGCUGUUGGGAGUAGAUGGGAAUGUGGAAUUCAGAAUACAAACAUAUCUAUGACCCUAAUGAAUGGAAGCAGGUUUGAAAGACCAAAUGGUGUACUUCUGCUCCUAAGUCAUUUGUUUGUAUGUUUCUCUGAUGCUGCUUUUUGUUUCUACAUUCUCCCUUCUAACCAUUAUUGCCAGCCAAUGUUUCAACAGCCUCAACAUUACACUCUGGACAUUUUCCCUAAAACCUUCCUUCAAACUUGUAUUUCUGACUGAGCUAUUGGCCAAAUUUCUAUCUCCAAAUUUCUAUAUUGUAUGUUGCUCCAGACAUUUCUGUAUGUUGAAGGUGUUAUUUAAGUGUAAUUUGUUAAUGUUGGAAACUCAUGGAAGAUUGUCAUUUGAAAUAUUUCUCAAGAUGUGCUCUUUGAAUUCUGUUUCAAACUUAAUCAAGAAGACGGAAUUAAGUAAAGAAAUUGAAAAGGUUGGGUAGGUGACAUUUAAAUUAUACUGUCUGUUAGUCCUACUGCUCUUUUUGGAAAUCACAUAAAGCUCUUCUUUAAUAGUAACAGCCCGUGUGAAGGUCCAACUUAAAUGUAAGAUCUCUUUUACAGAUAAAUAUGUGUAAUCAUGAAAAAUAUUAAAUUGGGAACCUAAUUAUCCAAUAAUAUUAACUAUCCAUUCUGAAGACAAUAUUUGAAUCCUGUUACAUUUCUCUAAUGUGCUCUGUCAAAAGCCAGAUGUCUCAUUGUAUGCUGAUGCUUCAUUAUGAACCAUAUUCUUGGCAAUCUUUGUCAGUUGUGGGGUGAAGAGGCAUGUCCCAUGUUUACCUCAGCCAGAGCAGGAAUCAAUUCUCUGCUGUUGGCAUAAUCUUGAACAACGUAGCCAUCUAUCCAACUGAGGUAAUCAGUUCCUUCAAUUCACCGCUGUAGCUGUUACUUCUUAUUCAGUAUAUAUGUGUGUGUAAUAUCUUUAUAAUUUAUUUUCACAACUUAUUGUCAUUUUUUUUCCCUUAGGAUGUUCCAUGUUUGUUGUAGAAGAGUGUAAGAGUCUGGAAGUGUUAAUGCAGAGAUGUGCCCACCACUAUGAUGGUUUCAUUUUGACAUGGUGGGAAAACAGUUUAAAGGAGUGAGAUGUAACAACUAGACCUUCCUCAUCAUCUCUGACUAUGUUUAUCGCUUCAAUGUAAUGUGUACCUAGUUGUUCCCAUGUAAUAAACUACAUCUUGUUUAAAA